AUGGGUGGUGGUAUCCGCCAUCGCGUUCAGCAAUACGGGAAGCCUGAUGUCUGCCGCCAAUAUGGUAUCGAAGCUCGCUCCCGUCAGGCCGAUGCGCGUGCCGAGCAACGGGAUCAUCUGCAACAGGACAGCGACAAAUUGGUGCCGGCCAAGGCGUUGAGAACGCGCACGGCAGGCCUCCACCGGCCUGGGCUGCCCGCUGCCCACCGAAAAAGGCGACGCGAUAAUCCAUCCGCUGAGCGACCGCGCUGGCCGACACUUGCUGCGUGGCUUUCCCGGUCAGGAUACGGCCGAAAGAUCAGCGGCACGGGGCGCCGCAGGACCACGCGCAUCGCGCCGCCGUCCGUGCCCGGAAUGAAGCGAGCUUCGGGCAAGAUGUCGGGUUCGCGUCGCAGCGGCCAGAAUCAUGUCGCUCGAUGCAUCAACGACGCCAUUGGCGUCAACGCACCUGCCCGAUGGCACGGGAUGACGUUCGGGGGCUCGAUGCCGCUAGCGCCAAAGGCGGCCUCGUCGGCGGUUCCUGCAGCUUGCGCUGAGAAAGGUCAACAUUCAAUAUCGAUGCCCGAGGCCGCGCCGCCCGGGGACGAAAGGCAGAUUGAGCAACGGAUCGCUCGAUGCGUCAUAGCGGACCGACACGGUGAGGAUGUUGUCGCUCAGUGGUAUCGAUCUGGCCGCGGUUGGCGUGAAGGACGCCAGUCAGAUCAAAGCAUUUGGCAGGCUGUGGUGAUCGCGAUCCUCCGGCGUUCAGCGGCAUCGAUGCCCGCCAGCGCCGCCCCGUGCGGCGCUGUUCGCCGAUUGCUGGACGAGAUGCGCGGUCAUGAGAUAGUCGCCGAAACUCACGAUACCCAACAAGACCGACAGCAGCACCGGCGCGACCAGCGCCGUCUCGACCGCCGCCACGCCACACACCGGUCGGGCACGGAAUAUCUUUCCCAACACAACGAUCUCAUGGAAUGCGCGUCGCUAUGCUGCGUUUUCGCUCUCCGAGAAUUCGUUCAUCGCUUUUCCCAAUGGCGGUAA